AUGCCGUCGGAGCAGGAUGAGAUUUACAGGCUGGAGCUGCUAUCGCUGGUGUCCAAGAUCUCCAACGAGCUGCUGAACCACACCGGCAUCAAUGACCGCGUCCUCGCAGAGUUCAUCCUCUCCCUCCACGAUGACGCCAAAUCUCUGGCAGAGUUCAAAGCGGCGCUUCAAGGCGUUGGCGCUUCUUUUCCCGAUUCCUUUGUGCAAUCAUUGGAUCGACUCAUCAUGGCGCUGCACCCAAAGCACAAGAAGGGCAAUGCUGCAGCGGCGUCCAGCAGCGCUGCGGCUGGUGGCGCAUCUGCUCCCGCUUCCAGCUCCAACAAGGACAAGGCCGAGUCGAUGAUGAGCGCAGAGGAGAAGCAGCUGGAUGCGGAAAAGGAGAGGCAGAGGCGCAUGUAUCCCGGCUUGGCCCUUGCAGAUUCUGCUUGGGCAGCUCCUCGCCAGGACAGCCAAGAGGAGAUCGAGCAGAGGAGGCGCGCGCAGCUCAAAAUGCAAGAGGAGGAGGAGCGACGCAAAGAGGCGCUGGAUGGCGGCGGCGCUGGCAGAAACGGGGACGACACGAUGCGCGACUUGGAAAGGCUGGCUGAUCGCAAUGGCAGGCGAGAGGAGGAUGCGCCAAAGAGGAGAUGGGGCAAGCGAGAGUCUCCUGACUACAAUGCAGGCAAAAGACGCGACUCUCGCAGCCCGCCACGUAGGAAUGGCGAUCGAUACGACGCACCACCGCCCGUGAGGGGGCGCGACGAAAGGCCAAGGCAGGCUCCAGGCGGCUACGGCAGACAGGCGCUCGAUGACAAGCCUGUGCUGUACAAGAUUUACAGUGGCAAAGUCAGCGGCAUGAAGGACUUUGGUGCUUUUGUCUCACUCGAGGGCGUGCAAGGUCGUCACGAGGGCAUGGUGCACAUUGGCUCCAUAGGAGGCUCGCGCCUCACCCAUCCUUCGGAGGCCCUGUCUCGCGGGCAGCCGGUCAAAGUCAAAGUCAUGUCUGUGGCUGGCAACAGGCUCGGUCUCAGCAUGAAGGAUGUCGAUCAAGCCACCGGCAAGGACUUGUCUCCGCACCUACGUCUCAAGACCGAGGCUGAGCUUGCAGCGGAGCGCGAAAAGCUCAAUGCAAGAGCCAUGACCGGAUCCAACAUGGCACCGCUGGGUCGUCGCGGGGACGGUGGCAAGGCGCCGCCAUCAUUUGAGGAUGAUGCGCCUGGCAGCAACACCGCCAAGCGUCUGACGAGCCCGGAGCGGUGGGAGCUCAAGCAGCUCAUCGCGUCUGGCGUUGCUAAAGCGAGCGAUUAUCCCGAACUGAUGGAAGAAGAGACAUUUGCCACGCCUGCGAGUAAUCGCGCUGGCAUGAACAACCCAGACGAAGAGGUGGACAUUGAAGUCAAUGAGCGCGAGGCGCCUUUCUUGGCUGGCCAGACAGGCGCCAGCUUGGAGUUGUCGCCAGUCAAGAUCGUCAAGGCGCCAGAUGGCGCCCUGAAUCGUGCUGCACUAGCCGGAGCUUCUUUGGCCAAGGAGCGACGCGAGCUGAAACAGCAAGAAAUCAAUGAUGAGGCGGAUGCUGAAGCUCGCGACAUGUCUUCGGGAUGGAACGAUCCAAUGGCGCAGCAAGGCGACAGAACCUUUGCGAUGGAUCGUCGGGGCGAAAUUCUCGGGCAGAAAGCGUCAGACCAGCCUGCAUGGAAAAAGGAGACCUUCAACAAGGCGACCACGUUUGGCAAAGUGACCAGCCUUAGCAUCCAGGAGCAACGGCAGAGCCUCCCCAUCUUCAAGUUGCGACAAGAGCUGAUACAGGCUAUCAAGGAUGUGAGUUUGGCUUGGUCAACAACCCUCGGUGUCCUCGCUGACCUUGUUUGCCCUUGCACGAAUUUCAGAAUCAAGUCCUCAUCGUCGUCGGAGAUACGGGCUCAGGCAAGACCACGCAAAUGUGCCAGUAUCUUGCCGAGGAAGGCUUUGCAGACAGGGGCAAGAUUGGCUGUACGCAGCCGCGUCGUGUCGCUGCUGUUUCGGUGGCCAAGCGCGUGGCUGAGGAAGUGGGAUGUCGAGUCGGUCAAGAGGUUGGUUAUACGAUCCGUUUUGAAGGUGAGUUGUCUUCUCUUCGGCAUCAGCUGGGUCUGCAGCACUGAUGCAGUCCAACUCGCUGCCGCAGACUGCACAUCACCCGAAACGCGCAUCAAGUACAUGACGGACGGUAUGCUGCAGCGUGAAUGUCUCAUCGAUCCAGACGCAAGCCAAUACUCCGUCAUUGUCCUCGACGAAGCGCACGAGCGAACGAUUGCCACCGAUGUUUUGUUCGGUCUCUUGAAGAAGACCCUCAAGAGGCGGCCAGAGAUGAAGCUGAUUGUCACCUCUGCCACAUUAGAUGCCGAGAAAUUCUCGAGCUACUUCUUCGACUGCCCCAUCUUCACCAUUCCAGGCAGAACGUAUAAAGUGGAGGUGCUCUACACCAAGGAGCCUGAGUCAGAUUAUCUCGACGCUGCGCUCAUCACCGUGAUGCAGAUUCAUCUCUCCGAGCCUCCUGGAGACAUUCUCGUCUUCCUCACCGGUCAAGAGGAGAUCGACACGUCGUGUGAAAUACUCUUUGAGCGCAUGCGAGCUCUCGGGCCCAGUGUGCCAGAGCUACUCAUCCUGCCAGUCUACUCUGCCUUGCCCUCGGAGAUGCAGACGCGCAUUUUCGAACCCGCACCCCCGGGUGCUCGAAAGGUGGUAUUGGCUACGAAUAUUGCGGAGACCAGCAUCACCAUCGAUGGUGUAUACUACGUCAUCGACCCUGGAUUCGUCAAGCAAAAUGCGUACGACGCGCGUCUCGGAAUGGACAGCCUGGUCGUCACGGUGAGUUGUCUGCUGAUUUGUCUUGCGGUCUGUCCCUGCUCACGCACUUUGAUUUUCAGCCCAUCUCUCAAGCUCAAGCACGCCAGCGCGCUGGUCGCGCAGGACGGACAGGACCCGGAAAGUGCUACCGUCUCUACACUGAAGCGGCGUACCGCAACGAGAUGCUACCGAAUCCCAUUCCAGAUAUUCAGCGACAGAAUUUGGCUUCUACCAUCCUAAUGCUGAAGGCCAUGGGUAUCAAUGAUCUCAUCAACUUUGACUUUAUGGAUCCACCUCCAGCACAGACGCUCUUGACUGCUCUCGAGGCCCUGUACGCUCUAUCGGCGCUCGACGAUGAAGGUCUGCUCACACGACUCGGUCGAAAGAUGGCAGACUUUCCCAUGGAGCCGCAGCAAGCCAAGAUGCUCAUUGCCAGCGUCGAUCUCGGCUGCUCUGAAGAGUGUUUGAGCAUCAUUGCUAUGCUCAGUGUUCAAAACGUCUUCUACCGGCCCAAGGAGAAGCAAGCUCAGGCGGACGCGAAGAAGGCCAAGUGUAAGUGCGGCCCAGUCACAUUCUCUCACAGCAGACACUCUGACACCCUCGCACGCCCUCGUUACAGUCUUUCAACCCGAGGGUGACCAUCUGACUCUGCUUACAGUCUACAAUGGUUGGGCUGCGUCCAAAUUUUCGUUGCCUUGGUGUAUGGACAACUUCGUCCAAGGAAGAUCUAUGCGGCGUGCGCAGGAUGUGCGAAAGCAGCUGCUCGGUAUCAUGGAUCGCUACUCUCACGAUAUCAUAUCCUGUGGAAAGAAUUUCAAUCGAGUGCGACGCGCCAUUUGCUCCGGCUUCUUCCGCAAUGCUGCAAAGAAGGACCCUCAGGAAGGCUACAAGUGCUUGGCAGAAGGUGGCGGCACGGUCUACAUUCACCCUUCUUCAUCAUUAUUCAACCGCGCUCCAGAGAUGGUCAUCUACCACGAGGUGGUGUUGACUACGCGCGAGUACAUGCGGGAAUGUUGCGCCAUCGAGCCAAAGUGGCUCGUCGAAGUUGCGCCGAGAUACUUUCGCCAAGCGGACCCGUCUCAGAUCUCGAAGCGCAAGCGCGCAGAGAAGGUGCAGCCCUUGUUCGACAAGUACGCGGAGCAUCAAGACGCUUGGCGUAUCUCCAAGGUCAAGAGAGCUGGCAGAGGUACUGUCACAUUCGGAUGA